AUGGAGAUCGAUGAUUCCGGAAGUGUUCUCGAUCUCACUAGCUAUCAGCUCCACAGUCUCGAUACGGUCGAGUUACCGCCGACCCUAACUGAGCUGGACCUUACGGCUAAUCGUUUGUCGGGAUUGGACUCGAGGAUCUCUCAGCUCUCUAUGCUCAAGAAACUUUCUCUUCGACAGAACCUAAUUGACGAUUCCGGCGUCGAGCCCUUGUCUCGCUGGGAAGCCUUGUCCGAUCUCGAGGAGCUAGUUCUCAGAGAUAACAAGCUGGCAAAAGUACCAGAUAUCAGCAUAUUCGCAAAGCUUUUGGUUUUCGAUGUAUCUUUCAAUGAAAUCACUUCGUUGCAAGGGUUAUCGAAGGCCUCUAGCACAGUGAAGGAACUCUAUGUGUCUAAAAAUGAAGUUAACAAGAUUAUGGAGAUUGAACACUUGAAUGACUUGCAGAUUCUUGAACUGGGGUCUAAUAGAUUGCGGGUGAUGGAAAACAUGGAAAACUUCACCAGGCUAGAAGAACUAUGGCUUGGGAGAAACCGUAUCAAAGUUGUCGACCUGUGUGGACUCAAUUGUAUAAAAAAGAUUAGCUUGCAGAGCAAUCGAUUGACCUCUAUGAAAGGAUUUGAGGACUGUAUUGCUCUUGAAGAGUUAUAUUUGAGCCAUAACGGUAUCUCAAAAAUGGAAGGCUUGAGUGCAUUGGUUAACCUACGGGUAUUGGAUGUGUCGAACAACAAGCUCACAUCAGUCGAUGACAUUCAGAACCUCACAAAGUUGGAAGAUUUAUGGCUUAAUGACAACCAGAUAGAAUCACUGGAAGCAAUCACAGAAUCGGUUGCAGGCUCUAAAGAGAAGCUUACCACUAUCUACCUCGAAAAUAACCCUUGUGCCAAGUCUUCCGAUUAUGUUGCUGUGGUCAGACAGAUCUUUCCAAAUGUGGAGCAAAUAGAUUCUAACUUGUUUGCUUAA